ACUCAGAGAGAGUUAAAAAGGAGAGAAAGAAGAGGACGAGGAAGAGGAAAGGGGCAAUUUUGUGUACAAAGAAAAAAAUAUCUUAUUCUAAGCACUCUGUUAUCUGGUAGCCCUGGUCCUUUCAGUCAAGAAAUAGAACAGCUUAAAACAAUGAAAAGCCAGGGAGAAGUUAGCAAUCUGUGCUAAAAUUUUCUAAGAGUUGGGAACAGAAAGUACAGCAGUCUCUCUUUAACGGACUCAAAGGGGCCACUGGAUCAGGAACGCGUGUGUGUGUUUUUUUUAACAUCUUACAUUCUGAAAAAAAAGUAGCAGUUUAGAAUUGAAUGAAUUGAUGGGCAUGCUCUAACUCCAGGAUUUGAGAAGCCGACUUAGUUUUGCCAUUUCUGCUUCUUUGGAAGAGGAAACAGUCUGAGCUGAUUUUCUGUCUCAGUUUCUUUUCUUCCCCCUCCCUUUUUUUCCUUAAAUGAGGGUGCAAAGGGGAAGCAGGGAGCUUAAGAAAAAGAACUGAAGAGAAGGAGUGAAGAUGGGUCUACUAAGCGUGGACUUGUUGAUCACGCUGCAAAUCUUGCCAGUUUUUUUCUCCAACUGCCUCUUCCUGGCUCUCUAUGACUCGGUGAUCCUCCUGAAGCACGUGGUAUUACUGCUCAGUCGGUCCAAGUCCACUCGGGGUGAGUGGCGGCGUAUGCUGACCUCAGAGGGGCUGCGCUGUGUCUGGAACAGCUUUCUGAUGGAUGCUUACAAACAGGUGAAAUUGGGUGGUGAUGCCCCAAAUUCCAGCGUGGUCCAUGUUGCCAACGCUAAUGGGGGGAGUAGUGGAAGAAACAGCCCGAUGUGGAAGAGCUUCAGUGGAAGGUACGGAGCUGAGUGCCACCUCCUGGACUUUGCAAGCUCCGAGCGUCCCCUGGUCAUCAACUUCGGCUCAGCCACCUGACCCCCCUUCAUCAGCCAGCUGCCGGCCUUCAGCAAGCUGGUGGAAGAGUUCUCCACGGUGGCAGACUUCUUGUUGGUCUACAUCGAUGAGGCUCACCCAUCAGAUGGCUGGGCAGUGUCUGGUGAAUUCUCUUUGCCCUUUGAGGUAAGGAAGCACCAGAACCAGGAAGACCGUUGUGCUGCCGCUCACCAACUCCUAGAGCGUUUCUCCUUGCCUCCCCAGUGCCAAGUCGUGGCCGACUGCAUGGACAAUAAUGCCAAUGUGGCCUACGGGGUUUCCUUUGAGCGCGUGUGUAUCGUACAGAGACAAAAAAUUGCUUACCUAGGAGGGAAAGGCCCCUUCUUCUACAACCUUCAGGAAGUCCGGCUCUGGCUGGAGCAGAACUUCAGUAAAAUGAAAUCCAGAUUAGCUGGAGGAAAUGUAACCGAAAUAUUGCCCUUCUAAAUUCAUACGAAAGGGAAAGAGCUACCCGUACUGUAUCCACUAUUUCAAAUGGGUCCUAUUUUGCCCGUUGCAGGACAGCAGUUUUAAUAGCCAUGUCAGAAGAACAAUAAAUCAGCCCUAACACCUCCCUCUCCCUCCUCCCAGUGUAACUGCUUAACGAGCAAAUCCUCUCCAUUAUCCCACUAGUUAAAGCUCCAGCUUUGAAAGGAACCAAAAUGGCAUAGGAAGGAGUCCUGGGGUCCAAGUGGUUCUCUCCCUCCCAGAGAAGGAAGUGGUACUCAGAGCCAUGUUUCUGCUUAGGGAGGAAUAGAAAAACAGUGCAUCUUGAAUGAUAUUUCAACCCAGCUGAAUGAAGAAGCAAUAACUUAGUCUGAAACAGUGGGCAUUGGCCAAAUCUUCUACCAUAUUUAGCUCUAAUGGCAAGUUCCCAGGUCCUCAAAGUGAGCUCCCUCCCUGAAUGCAGCAAAACAGAGGAGCAUCCUUUGUUGCGGAAGGCUGGAAUUGCUCCCGGAGAUAGCUGGGCCCAGCAUGCCUUGUCCUUCAUGGCCUAUACAGCUAUGGAUUCUGAUUGUGGUAGACCCAAAGGAUGACAUCCUGUAAUAAGGAUGAGGGUGGGCAUGGGGCAAUUCUGAUUUUCAUGAGAAGGGAAAAUGAGGGAAAGAAGGAACAGAAAGCCUGAGGCUGGAGGGUUGAUAUGUUAGGGAACAGCAGGAGGGUCGGAAGAGACACAAAAAUCAGGAGGGUCUAAAACUGCAGACAAUGAGACUGACUUGUCAGCCACACACAUAUACAAUAAUAUACACUAUAUCUGAAGCCAGGAGUGAGAAUGCACACUGUAAAAAGAUUUUCUUGAGUAACACAUUUAAAGACCUUAUAAAAGAAAGAGGGCAGAAAGAUUAGGAGCUGUUCUGUCUUUAAUUUUUAUAAAAUAAUUUAUGGCCCUUUGAAACAAUUAUGGGGUAUGUGAAUUUGGAGUUGUGAAUUAUGCCCCAUGAUACCUCAUUGAGAGUAAAGCCAGUGCCAUGAUUUACUCUUGUUACUACAGCGGUGACCAUUUUUGCUCCCAUAAGAACCUGAAAUUAGAAUUCAGCCUCACUAAUUAUUAGUAAAUGACAGUUUGGUAUUCAACCUUUCUUAGUUUUUGGAGUGAUGUUCUCUCUGCCGAUCUGAAGAACAGUUUGGUCAUGUUUCAAUUAUCUUCUCAGAAGCCUUGUGAAAGAAGCCUGACUGAAUGGAUACUCAAGCUACAGUCUCUUUUCGUCUCAAAAGUAGGUGACACAUUACAAAUAUUGUCAAAGAUGUGACUGAAGAACUAAGGUUUUUUUAAUGGGAGAGGAGAAGGUCAAAAGAGAAAGUUAGUUUAGGGCUGGUCUCAUCAGGGACCAGGAAUUCACUUCUAAGGAAAAGCUCCACUGAGAAUCAGCAUUUUAAUGCAAGGAGGAAGAGUAAAAUCAGAGAUGAGUUGAAAUUAUUUUGUUUCAUCACAUAAAAUGCAUAACAUCAUUGGGUGGAGUUGGGGUCUGGAAUUGAGCAUUAGGUGGUCUAGGAGACUGAUGUUAAGACAGUGCUGUGGCUCGAUUAAGUGAACUAGGAAGGGUUCAAGAAUACUAGUGCAUUGGAAAAGAUCAAUUGUCCAUCCUAAUUUAAAUGAUCUUCUGAGAAAAGCAGAAAAACUAAACCAUCUAUUUAAAAUAGUUCCAACCAGGUAGUGCGGUUGCAACACCUUCAACAUUGGAAUUUCCUUUGAAAAUUAGAUUUGGUUGUUUUCUCUUUAAUUUUAUGAUUUGAUUAAUUUUAUACUUCAUGAUGUGAUUUCUUUAAUAUGGCUUAAGGCUCCUAGAGACUGAUAGAAACAUUCAGUAGCACAAGAUUAUGUGGUAUUUUAACAUUGAAGGUUCUUGAUUCUCAUGGAAGUACAGGAUGUCAAAGAGGUUGGUGGGGGGAUGAGAUUCAGGCAAGCAGUGGCAGCAGAGUCAAGGGAAAAUAUUUCAACAUUCUGGUUUGACCACGUUCUUUAAGAAUUUGGAAGAGGAAAGGAAGAAGAGGGUUAGUCCAGUGGAGAAAUAAAGCAAUGGAAGUGUCAGUGAAUGUAAAAGCUCAGUAUUGGAGAAAAAAACAACUUAGGGGAGAUAAAUUAUACUGUACCACUGAAAAACUCUACAGCCCUAGAAACUAGGAUAGGAUCAGAAGGUCAAGGGUUAAGUGGUUGGGGGGAAUGUUGCUACUUGUUUUGUGUGAUGUUUUUAUGGCAAACCAAUUAGGAAAAUGGUGAGACCUUUCCAUCUGAGAGUAGUAAAAUCAGCAUAGUGACCCAGAAAAUAUAAAAUUCACAAAUUCCAAAAGUGAAAGAUUACAGCUGCCCAUAAAUUGCCUCUUGGUAAGUAUCUCCAGCUCUGGCUCUGACUGGUCAGUAAAUAUCCAUCCUAUUCUUCACCUCAAUUCCAGAACACACUCCUGAUACUUGGCAUGGCCCAUUUUUAAACAAUCUAAUGAUCCUUGGGAUAAGAACCAUCUGCCCUUAGGAGCUAUUUAUAAUUAUAAAAACAUGACUGUUUUAGUAUCCUCUUCAGAUAGCCUGGACAUUUUCCUUUCUAGAUCUGUGGUCGUAUCUUCAAAGCCUGGCUUCUAGGAAAAGUCUUUCUUCUUCCUUAAAUACCUAUGAACCCAAUAAAUGUCAUUCCUGAGUGAGAACAAUAGUCCAUCCAUCCUGGUACUCUCUCCCACGGGGUCAAAAGAUUUGGGGAAAUGGUUGUUCUUCUCGGCCUCAAUUUCUUAUAAUUAGGGGUGUACCACCUAACGUCCUCAAUUUUUUCCCCUACUUCCCUAACUUUCCCCCUAGUAACCCAGAUUCUGGACCACUUACCCUUCAAUUCAUCCAAGGCCUUUUUAAACCCGUUGCUAUUUUUUUUUUCCUGCAAAACUUCCUGUGGUAAUGAAUUCCAUGUGCCUACUAAGUGUUUCCUUUUUACUCCCUUUGGGCCAAGAACAUGUUAAGCAACAUUUCUUCUGCCUAUUAUUCAAAGCGGUUUCUAGCUAUUUAUUAUGACUUUAUAUACCACACCAGAGUUUGCAUUUGACACACACCUUUAAGGUUUCAGGGGUUGAUGGCUCAAAUUACCCAACUUUGUUUUUUUUUUUUUUCCUUUUGUUUGUUAGAGGAAAUGUUGGUAUGGUUGACAGGAGCAUUUGAAGGGGUCUGAAUGUUUGCCGCUGAAAUAAUUGGAAAAAAACCAGUUUAAUAUGGUUCUGGCUAUUAAAACAGCUCACAAGCUCACAAGAGUUAUUUGGAUUAGUCAUCUUGCUUUGCAUAGUUGAUGUGACAGUCAUUUUAGUUAUAUGACUAUAUUUCUUUUCUAUUUUGAACUUCUAGCUGUUGUGCAUCUAUCUCAUUUUCAUUUGUAAUUGUACAAAAGAAGGAGUUCUCAAAGCAGCUACUGUUUUUCUGAUGAAAUAAUGGAAGCACCUAGUGGCCUCUGGAGUUUUUAAAACGAGAAGCAAAUUUAACUCGUGGUCCCAAUCCUGAAUUCUAAUGAUGUUUAUCUCAUUCAAAGGUGGAGAUUGAGAGUGAUACUUUUUCCCCUCUAAUUCCAUGAGAAGAGCUAUAAAAGACAGGUGCAAACAGUAAAAUGAAUGUGUUUUGGGGGCGGAACCAUGAAGGUGAAGGGCCUGAGCAAAUAGAUUCAAACAGAAACACAGCGAUCAUGCCUUUAGGCCCCUAUCCUUUCAGUUUCACACUCCUAUUCUUGAAUGAGGGGAUGUUACAUAGAGGAAUCAAGAGAGGGUGGAAGAUACCAACCGGGAAAGAGCUUGGCACUGAAGAGAAAAUGUGAAUAUUCUGUCAGAGUGGGUAAGGAGUCUUUUCCUCUUCACUCCACAUUACAAGAUUACGAUAGAGCUAAAUUUUGUGCUGAGUAAGGAGGUGCCCUCUCUCUGAGGCCACAGACAUUUAGAACACCCAGAAACAAAAUCCCAAUCCAGAAAGACCUUUUUCCAUAUCUAGGUGAGGUUGGCUUGAUCAAAGGUCCAUACCUUGAUUCCCAGAAAAUCACUACAAACAGCUGGGAAUCGGUAAGGGAAUUCUGGGCACAUCUGAGGAAAUUUGUUUCAUAUUUGGGGCUGAGAUUUCAUACUGGGGCUAAGACCAGACCCAUUUUGAAUAUUUUGCCAUUCAUUUUUUGGCUCACCCAAAAAUGAAUAUAUAUAAAUAUAUAUAUACAUACAUAUACACACACAUAUAUAUGCAAACAAAUAAAUACAUGCAAGUCCAAGGAGGGAAAGUUUUAAAAAAGUCUCCAGACUGCACCACUGGUUUGGUGUGGCCUUUCGGUGUUUUAGGGUUGGGAAGCCUUGAAGAUAUACAUCUUCAGUACUAAGUAACCAAAGCAAUAAGAGGUAUCAGGUAGGGAAUAUUGGCCAGUGUUGUUCAGCUCUGCACCGUGUAGACACAGGACCCAUAUUCAUUCGUCCAAGCAAUGGGCUUUUAAGGUGGGAGACCAGGAUAGGGCUGAGUUACUAGUGUGCAAAUGAAGACCACCAACAAAAGAGAAUUUAACUCAGUUGGUGCUCAGAUAUCAUCACACUGGCUUUCUUGGCCUUGUUUUCAUGAUUCUCCCUUUUCAAGGUGGUUCAAUUGAUGUCUGAAAAUAUGAGUACUGUGUAGACAUGGUGAGAACCCAUGUGCGUGUGUGUGCAUCUCUGUUUAGAUGUUGCGAGGAGAAUUGCUUUGCGGGAAUCUCGGCAAGAAAUGUGUUGUAAUAUUGGUGCUGAGUGGAACGUGUGCUUUUCAGAAAUAUUUUUCUUGUAUUUUAAUAAAACAUAAAGGAAAGGACAA